AUGGCAGGUUUGCUUUAUGCGGCAUUGUCGCUGCACUUGCCGCUGCCGGCCACCUCUGACUUGUGCUUAGAGUCAGGUAUUGCGGAGGAGAACCGUACAUUUUUGCAGGACGAGCAAGGGGACGAUCUCCCGAUAGGCCUCUUCACCUACCUCCGAUCCUCUUCCAAAGCGGUGUCGCAAGUUGCCGCCAUCUUGAUUACGGAGGUUCUGGGCUACCACGUGGGCUACAAACAAACCUUAUACAGCUUCACUUGGCAGGAAGCUUCUUACUGGCUUGCAUGCAGUGAUAUCAAUUGGAGGGCCUGGUUCACGCAACCGUGCAUCCCCGGCGAGAAUCGAUUUCACAUAGCCUUGGACGCAGGAAUUGGGACGAGGAGCUACGAGAGUGCCUUCACCAAUCUCCAUCACAGCCUCGACGAGUGCUGCCAGGACAGCCCAAGGGAGCUCGGCUCGAUGGGGUAUCGCGGUCGACAGCAGCUCUACAUGAAACGAGCGCAGGUGCAGGCAGCAUUGGAGGAUGGCUUCAUCCUGAACUUGCAUGGCAGCUACAACACCACACACCACGAAGCGAGGAAGUAUUUCGAUGGGCUGGACUCCUUGAACUUCAGCCUCUUCGAAACCUGCAACCGCACAUUCAACCGCUGGAUGCCCUCCAGUAGUCAGCUGGCCUCUUACCUCGAAUGGACCGGCGACGUGGAUGGGGUCAUUCAGGAACCAGGCGGAUCUUACCAAGCUCGGUGCCUUGAUGGGCGUUUCUGGAUCGCACCAGCGUGCCGGCACAACGUGACGAGCUGCAUUGCCACGGUCACCUUCGGAGCUUAUCUUUGGCUCUCCAUGAUGCACUGGUCUACUGCUAUUGGCUUGCCACUGGCCUUUGGAAGCUACGACGAUGUGUACGACUUUUUCGAGAAGAUGAAGUACGGGAAGACCUUGUUCUAUUGGUGGGAACCGGAGAACUACCGGUUUGACGUAGACAAGGUGCCACUCAUCCUUCCAGUGCACAACGCCAGCGAGUGGGCCAUGGGUUUGCGGAGAACGGAGGAGCCACCCGGGUAUGUAGGGAAGUUGGUCAGCUCGAAUCUCCAGAUCAAGGUGCCUCGAGUCUACACCUUGAUCGAGAGGUUUGCUUUCGACAUUCGGAUCCUGGAGGAGGUGGUUCAGGUCCUUGCCGAGGGCGGCAUCUCUCCCAAUGAUCCGCUUGGGGAAGGAAACGACGUGAUCUUCCGUGCAGCCUGUGACUGGGUCAGGUCCAGUGAGUCCGUGUGGAGGAAAUGGGUUCCUUUACCAACGACCUGCGACCCAGGGUCGGGCGUUGCUGAUGCAGGUGGCGAGUUUCUUCUCACUCGCGGCGCGGAUGCGGACGGUUGCAGCGUAUGUUCGCCUGGUCGUUUCUCAGAGCCUCUCGUGGAUAGCGACGGUUUCACUUACCGCUGUGCCCUGUGCCCUCCGGGCACUUACCAGGAGUUUGGUAACCAGGCUAGGUGCAAUGACUGCGACUUGGGCCAUGCAACAAAUGAGGCAGGCGCGACAGAAUGCGGUCUCUGUCCGCUGGGUACCUUUGCAGACGAGGUCGGCCACACGGCUUGCCAGAGCUGUGGGAACGAGGGCUGGACCACCAAGGAGCUGGCGAGUCAUCUGGACGACGGCAGCAAGGGCGACGGUGCUCGCCGGUGGAUCGAAUUGGACGGGGCCACCUCCAAAGACGUCUGUGCAUGCGUAGAAGGCCGUCACCUCUGGCAAGGCCAAUGCGAGUUGUGCCUGGAGGGUGCGACUUGUCUUGGACAUACGAACCUGACGCUCAACCCGGGCUUCUUCGCUUUCCCCGAGGAUCCCGGCAACGUUUUCCGUUGCUUUGGCAACUCGCAACGCUGCCCGGGUGGCUUUCCCGGCAGCUGCGCGGCAGGCCGCGACAACCGGAGCCUGGCAUGUGCUCAGUGCCUGCCAGGAUUCCAGCCACAAGAGGACGGCCAGUGCCGCGAAUGCGCUGCUACCGACUUUGCCAUCGUCGUUGGCCUUUGCUUGCUCGGGGUUUUGAUUGUGGGCUGUCUGCAUACGUGGCUGAUCGCAGAGGAGCAGUCAGCCGGCCGUGGCAGGCAGCAUGGGAGCCUGCUGAAUGUGGCAUUGGGCUUCAACCAGUUGGUGAUGUGCGCGCAGGUGUUUGGCAUCAUGCGAAGGUUGCGGAUUCCGUGGGAGGAGCCCUUCUCGCUUCUGUUGAAGGCAUCGGAGUACCUGUCAUUGGACGCACUGGUGUAUUCCUUCAGCUCCAUUCAAUGCGUGCUCCCAUCGUCAGCAGUGGCAGAGUAUCUGACGGCAGCGUCGUUGCUUCCACUGGCCUUUUUCUCGUCUUUGUUGCCUGUGCACUUUGCCUACAUUUGCUGGAACAGGAGCGGCCUGCGCCUAGAUUUGCUGGGGAAGACUUGUGGCUCGUUCUCCAUGCUCUUCCUCAUUUCAAUCAUGUCUUCACUUCUGGAGCCCUUCUAUUGCUACUCGCAUCCGAAUGGAGACAGGACCAUGCAUUCCCGUCAUGAUGUGCUCUGCAAUUUCCGGGCCGAGCACCUGGAGAUAUGCAUGGUCGCAAUUGUCAUGUGUCAGGUUCCGAUUGCCUUCCUCGCCAUCUGUUUUCGGAUUCUUCUCAUCGAUCUCCCGAAGCGCAUUCAAAGGGCCGACGUCGACUUUGUGAAUGCCUGUUCUUUCCUGAUUCUGCGAUACCGUCCGGGGGUGGAAGUCUUCGCAGUGGUUGUCUUGAUCAGGAACGUCCUCCUGACAUUUUCUCCUUUGAUUGCAUCCCAGGCUGGUAGUUUGCUAGUGCUCUGCAUAUCCCUCUACAUCACACUCUGUGGGGCGGCAUUUUGGCAACCGUGGCGGACGAAGCUGGCCACGUACACGGAUCUGGCGAUGCACGCUGGCCUGCUGCUGGUCUUGGACAUGGGAAAGUUCUAUGCACCCCUCCUAGAAGAGGGCUAUACGCUAAUGAUCAUUUGCAUCGUGGCUUGCUGUAUCAUGCUCGUUUGGGGCAUCUUGGUUGUGGCCUGGGCCGCGCGUCGCCGCUUCUCAAAGCACCGGCGCUUCCGCUUCGCCCUCAGCCACCACACGCCCGAGGCAGGGACAUUGGCACGCUUGCUGAAGCUCGAGCUGCAGCAAAGGCACAACUUGCGGACCUUUAUUGGCUCUGAUGAUCUGGCGGACCUGACGCAACAUUUCACCAGCAUCGCCCAGGAUGUCGACACACUGGUGGUCGUGGCCGGCCGCGAAUUCUUGCUGCAGAGGUGGUGUGUCGGUGAGGUGGUGACAGCCAAGGCCCACGGUGUUGAGGUUGUGCUUCUUGCUUUACCCAAUUUUGUUAUGCCGGAUCGGCAUUUUGUGGAAGCCUACGAGAGCCUCGUGCCGCGCGUGCAGGAGCUGGCCGUCCAUGCCAUAGGCCUUGGACAGGUUCAAGACACUCUCACAUGGUUGAAUUCGGUGGAACGCCUUGACCUCGAGGGAGGUGAACCGGAGAUGCUCACACGCACGGUCGGAUGGCUGGUCGGCAAUGAUAGCACGAAGAGACACCCCUCCGUCGUGGAGGCCAGCCGAUCUAUGAGUGUCGAUCGGAGCACGUACCUCAUCCUAGCGGAUACAACGCACAUGGAGGCACAGGCCGCAGCUUAUGCCCUCUACAUGGUGCUGGGUGCAAAGAUGUUGGAGCUGUCCUUCAAGGGAUCGCUACGUGUGAUGCGACCGGGGGACACAGCCGACUUUCUGUCUGCCUCGGGCACCGCGCAGGCGUUGCUGCUCUGCACAGCCGGGUGUCUGGAGGUCCCGCAGGUGGCUCUCUGGCUCCUACAGCUGGGCCGGCUCCACUCCAGCUUCAUCCUGCCAGUUGUCGCAGAGGACUCCUUUCAGUUCCCUUACCCUGGUUACAACAAGCUUGCUGGCGCCUCCGACGAGUUUGAUGAUUCGGACAUGAAGUUCUACACCCAGGUCCUUGAGGCCGUCUUCCACGAGAUCUCGGUGCCUUUCAUGCCCAGGAGCUCCAAUGCAAGGCAGCUGGAUCUCCAGGCAAAGAUUAUCGUAGAACGCCUCUCGCAGAAACGGGAGGCGCUCUGCACGAGACCUUCCAUGAGCGUCUUGCCAGGUACCACCUUGGAGAGUGCGGAUGUGGAAGAUCUGUUGAUGAUCAAUCUGUCCCUCACUGAUGGCUCCGACGAAUCCACGUUUGGGAUCUAA